AAAGGAAAGGGAAAUCACUAAUUUCUUUCAGUGCCUUGUGCAUCCUCUGGACAAGAGGGGGGAAAAGUUUUUUUUUUUCCUCCCCAGUUUCUUUUCCUCCGCAGUCCUGCUCUCAGCAGAGUAACCCGCAUAUACGCUUCAACCGGCCGAGCUUCACCUGAGUUCCCCCCACCAUCCCACCCAUACUUUGCCUCCAAAUAUUCAUUCAAACCCCCUCCUCAAAAGUUUUUUUCCCUGCAGCAUUAACGCCAGCAACGCUCAAGCUUCUGUUCUUCUGGACCGGAGAUCUGGAGAUGAAGACAGAUUUUACGUUUUUCUGUCGGACUUGGAUUGGAAUAGCGUACACCUCAGGUCUGGUGAUAGGCUUUUCUAUGACUCCACCCAUCCUUGACAGCUCCAGAGACGAUCUAGUGAUUCCAGUCCACACAACACUCUCUAUUACAUGCAGGGGACAGAGUGCUCUAGCCUGGACCUGGCCUGACAAAGAGCUGGCUAGACAGGAGCUAACAGUCCGUCAGGCCCAGCAACCAAACACCAGGCUCCCUGGGCAAAGAGUGGCCUUAAUCAGUGAGUGUCCAGGGCAGCCGGGAAAGCCAUACUGCAAGAGGCUGGACCUGAAUGAGCCGCAGGGCCAGGAUACAGGCUACUACCGCUGUUAUUAUAAAGAUGUCAAGGCCAUCAUUGAUGGCACCACUGCUGUCAGUGUUUAUGUCUUUGUCAGAGACCCGGAGAAUCCCUUCCUGAAAAGAGCCAGCUCCAGCGAGAGCAACGCAAAUAACCUGGAGACCAUUCUCAUCACACGCUUCUCUACCCAUGUCAUAGUGCCAUGUCUGGUCACAGUGCCUGAUCUGAACGUCACUCUCUUCUCGUAUUCAACAGGUCUGGAAUUGAACGGGAUAACAUGGAACAACAAGCAAGGCUGGAUCAUUCCCAGACAAGUCAUAGACACUGUGCCGAUGGUCAUAGUUUCAUGUGUGGCUAAGCUUGAUGGCAAAGAGUAUCACUCUGCCAACUACCUAAUGCACACUACAGGAAGUCAGGUUUACGAUGUCAAGCUGUUUCCUGAGGACCCGGUAGAGCUGAUGGUGGGGGAGCCCCUCACCCUGAACUGCACGGCAAUGGUGGAGUUCAAUGCUGGGGUGGAAAUGCAUUGGUCCUAUCCUGGUAAACAGAUGAACAGUUGUGUGGAGACUAAGCAACAUCGAGAAGCUUUGUCACAUGCCACAGAGGCUGUUCGCAUCCUGACUAUCCACAGUGUCAAUGUCACAGACACUGGGCCGUACAUCUGCAAUGUCACCACCAUGGAAGACACACAAACUGUACAGACUCAAGUCAUAGUUCAUGAAAGACCAUUCAUCAACCUUGACUACAAAGAUGGACCUGCAGUGGAGGUAACCGCUGGGCAGAAGUCAUUCAAACUACAAGUUAACGUCUCUGCUUUUCCCACACCUGAAACACGAUGGUAUAAAGACGGAGAGCUGAUAAACCAGCGCCCAGAGUUCAAGAUGAAAAGGAUGAGGAUGCACUCUAACUACGCUUUGGAGAUUAAGGAGGUUCAUCAGGAGGAUUCUGGGACGUACACGGUGCUGCUGAAAAACAGUGCCGCUGAACUGGAGAAGAGGCUCAGCAUCACGCUUGUUGUCAAUGUUCCCCCACAUAUUCAUGAGAAAGAAGUGGCAAAUCCUUCCAGCCCUUACCCACGUGGCAGCAGCCAGACGCUAACAUGUACUACCUAUGGCCUCCCUGCUCCAAACAUCACCUGGCAAUGGAGGACCUGGGGCCCCUGUGUCCUCAACAGCACCCAAAGCCGACUGGUUCGACGAGACAGGAAGGGCCGGAGUGACAGGAUCGCAGACUGUCAGAACUGGCAGGGCAUUAACUCAGAAAACGCCAUGAAUGAAAUUGAAUCUUUCGAAACGUCUGUUGAAGUAGUGGAUAAACGACAAAAGAUAGUGAGCAGGCUUCAAAUUCGCAAUGCCAGUGUUUCUGUCAUGUACAAGUGCUCUGCUGAAAACAAAGUGGGAAAAGAUGAGCGGCUCAUCUACUUCUAUGUAACCACCAUCCCUGAGGGCUUCAGUGUGGACGUUCAUCCCACUGAAAAUCCCCUGGAACAGGAGAAAGUGUCCCUCUGCUGCAGUGCAGACAACUACACCUAUGAUCAGCUACAAUGGUACCGCCUUGACCCCCAGGCCCUCCAGGAUCAGCAGGGUAAACCCCAGGAGUUGGACUGCAGGAGUGUGCAUCUCUUCGCCAAACCACUUGAAGGCCAGCCCACCUUUCAGGAGUACUCCAACAGCUGGGUCUUGGACUACACUAUUGAGUCCAUACGACUGCAGGAUGAGGGACAUUACGUGUGCAAGACUCAGAGCAGACGCAGCGGGGAGAAGCAGUGCCUGUUCAGAUACAUCUCUGUCAAAGCCUUGGAGGCACCUCGGUACAAGCGCAGCCUCACCAAUCAGACGGUGAAUGUGACCGAGUCUCUGCGAAUGGAGUGUGACGUGGAGGGCAGACCUCUGCCCCGUCUCUCCUGGUUCAAAGACAACCAGCCUCUCCACCAAAUGUCAGGGAUCCAGCUACAGGAUUCAAACCGCACGCUCAGUAUCCAGCGUGUCAGAGAGGAGGAUGCCGGACUCUACACCUGCACCGCCUGCAACAAGCGAGGCUGUGUCAAUUCCUCAGCAGCUGUCAGGGUCGUUGGUUCAAGUGACAAGGCCAAUGUGGAGAUUGUUAUUCUCAUUGGAACUGGAGUCAUUGCUGUUUUUUUCUGGGCCUUGCUCAUCCUCAUCUUCUGCAAUGUCAAACGGGUUAACCCAGCAGACAUCAAGACAGGCUAUCUGUCAAUCAUAAUGGACCCUGGGGAGGUGCCGCUGGAUGAGCAGUGUGAAUACCUGCCCUAUGACUCGUCACAGUGGGAAAUCUCCAGAGACAGACUCCGCUUGGGGAAGGUUUUAGGCCACGGUGCCUUUGGAAAAGUAAUGGAAGCAUCCAUCUACAGCAUCAACAAGAGCAACAGUUUGAACACAGUGGCUGUGAAGAUGCUGAAGGAUGGAGCCACAGCAAGUGAACAUAAGGCCUUGAUGUCAGAGUUAAAGAUACUGAUUCACAUUGGUAAUCAUCUGAAUGUGGUGAACCUGUUAGGAGCCUGCACCAAAACAAAUGGUCCGCUGAUGGUGAUAGUGGAAUACUGCAAGUAUGGGAAUCUGUCCAACUUCCUGCGAGCCAAGAGAGAGUUCUUCCUUCCCUACAGGGAUCGGUCUCCAAAAACCCAGAGCCAAGUGAGGCGGAUGAUUGAAGCGGGUCAGAUGGACCAAAGAGCUCGGCAGCCACCUCCUGCAUCCUCCUCCCCUCUCAGCAGUCCUCAGGCGUCAUCCAAGGCGACCAACCAGAGUCCUGCGGUGGAGAACAUGGAAGAUUUGUGGAAAACCCCGCUGACAAUAGAAGAUUUAAUUUGCUACAGUUUCCAGGUUGCUCGUGGGAUGGAGUUCCUGGCCUCCAGAAAGUGUAUCCACAGAGACUUAGCAGCCCGGAACAUUCUCCUGUCAGAGGACAACAUUGUGAAGAUCUGUGACUUUGGCUUGGCCAGAGACAUAUACAAAGACCCCGACUACGUCAGGAAAGGCAAUGCUCGUCUGCCUUUAAAGUGGAUGGCUCCGGAGAGCAUCUUUGACAAAGUGUACACCAGCCAGAGCGAUGUGUGGUCCUUUGGAGUCCUCCUCUGGGAAAUCUUUUCACUCGGUGCGUCUCCAUACCCAGGGGUGCAGAUUGAUGAAGACUUUUGUAAACGAUUGAAAGACGGCGUCAGGAUGAGAGCACCGGAAACCGCCUCCCCUGAAAUAUAUGGCAUCAUGCUGGCCUGCUGGCAGGGUGAGCCCAAAGAGAGGCCGACUUUUCCGGCUCUGGUUCAGAUCCUGGGAGACCUGCUGCAGGACAACAGCCUACCUGAUGGAAAGGAUUACAUCCCACUGAACCACUCUCAGAGCUCAGAAGAUGACGGGUUCUCGCAGGCGUCAUCCCGCCCUGCAUCAGAGGAAGAACUGAGACUGGCUUGCAACACUUUGCCCACAAGGUAUUAUAACUGUGUGCCCUUUGCCGGCUGUAUGUUCAUGGGACCCUCUAAGAUAUGCCAGCCCCGAGUGAAGACAUUUGAAGAGUCGUCCCUAGAGAUGCAUCCACAAAAAGCUCCUCAAGACAACCAGACUGACAGCGGGAUGGUUCUGGCCUCUGAAGAAUUUGAGAGAAUUGAGCACAACCACAGGGGUGCCAUCUUAAAAAGUCGUAUGAGCAGCACCAGCAGCACUGAACCUCUGAUGGCCUCCCACAGCUCCUCAGGUCAGAGCGGCGGUACCGGCAACUCCAUGCACCGUCCUAACUUCUUCAGCCAGCUCUCAGGACAGACCUUCUAUAAUAACGAGUAUGGACACCUGUCUGAGGAGGGCUUCUGUGACUUCUACUCGCCUCCAGACACCCCUUGUCUGGCCUCUUCGAAUGUGUAAUCUUCUCAAAGAUGCAAACCAAAGACUGAAGUCUUUUGUAGAUGCAGAUGAGAGUAACAUCCCAGUAUUUACAUGAAUGAACACACGGUUACAGAUCUUUUCGACCAGAGCUGGCUUCUACUUCUCUCUUAAGUUCUUUUCUCCUCUUGGGCGGCUGCCUCAUCGAAUGGACUGAGCUAUUUGUGCCUGAAGUUCCUCUAACCAGCCACUGGGUGGCAGCAUUAUGACAGAAACAAUCCAUAAGUAUUUUCUAUUUUCUAUUCAUACAUUUAUAUUUUUAUCUUUUAUAUACAGAAUAUUCUUUCUUUAUUUUUGCAAGUUAUGACUCAUAGGAAGAAAUAAAGAAAUUUAUCAUCUUUUUAUGUCUCACUGAUGUGACAGAGCUGGAUCUGUUAUUAUUUCUGUUAAAUAAACUCUUUAAAUAUAAAUUUGGCCAAAAUUAGUGAUAGUUGCAAUGAAUAAGUCAGAGUUUUGAGGUAUCUGUGUCAUUUAUUGGAGGUGGACACGCUUGGAUAUUUUCCACCGCUAACAAGUGACGAAGGUAAACAGAGAUGUAGGGCGACUGGAGGAGUGAGUCACACUAAGCACCUCUUAUCAGAGGUGGACGUAAGCAUGAUGAUAGCUGUAACAGCUUAGCGCUGUCUUAGAUGCUCACAUCACAAAUGACAACCUGCGGGGUGUUGGCUCAGGCUGCCAGCUGAGGCAAAUGAGCAGUGUCUGAGAGCAAAGUCCACCUCUUUCGCACACACUUAGUUACAUCCACAACAGCUUAGCAACACAAAAUCAGAGGUUCCAUUUUCAGUUCUAUUUUCUAUGAAUCAUCACUGAUAAGGGUGCCCAGACAUUAUGAGGCGACGUCUGGCUGAAAAAGGCAGCAGACUGACAACUUUGUUUCAUUAUUCCAAUCAAAUAUCAUUUACUAUUCCGGGCUGGAAGGACCUGUUUUGUAGGUUGAGUUUAUCCUAAUGUCUAUUUUCUCAUGUAAUCUCAGAGGAAUAACCAGUUCUUUUAGAAGCCAAAUUAUAAAGCAUACAACACUAACCUUCAUGUUACCUUUAGUUGAUGAACACAAUACAGAGAAAUGGAUUCAUUUUAAAGUGGAAGAGCAGGUUUUGAGAGAUGAUCGCUAUCCUGUUGCUGAAACAGUGGAUGUAACAGUACACACACAAUAAAAUAAAAUAAAA